ACUAAAGGACAGCGACAUGGGAAUGGGACCGAAGCUUCGUUGUUCCUCCGGCGUUCUUCUGCUAGUUAUCUUUAUAACACACAGGAGUUGCUCAGAGAAGGUUCUGCUUGUAGCUCCUCCAAGGGGCACCAGCCACUGGAUGGCUCUGGCCGACAUUGGUCGUGCUUUGGUGGAUAGAGGUCAUAUCGUCACUGUGGUUGUUGCAGAGAACAGUGUAGCAAAACGACGAGCAGAGUGGCCUGACUUUCAGUUUGAGACAUUCCAAGACCAAGGAGUCGAUGCAAGAAAUUACUGCGCCCUGCUACUGAAUGACAGUAACUUGCAGAGCCGGCUGAGGACAUGUCAGUACAGUGUUGUUAUUUCUGUCGCCAUGUUUCAUUGCGGCGCCAUCGUCUCAGCUCAUCUAGACAGCCUGAUUCCCCACGUCGUCCUUACGUACGGGCAUCCUACCCACCUGGACGAAAAAGCUACAGGAGUACCGCUGCCGCUGUCGUACGUGCCGUUGAUUGGUAGCGACUUCACCGAUGAGAUGACCUUCCUACAGCGACUUGAGAACGUGGUAGUGUAUAGUCUUAAGUCCGGAAUGUUACGCCGGGCCAUCAGUAGCGCGUAUGACGAACUGGUCCGUACGUACGUCGGCGAAGAAGAAACUCUUCAGAGCGUGACGUCACGUACGGAACUGUGGCUUCUUCAAACCGACAAUCUGCUGCACUAUCCUCGUCCCAGGAUGCCCAACAUGGUUCAGGUUGGGGGCCUGAAUGCCCGUGUGGCCGCCCCGCUUACUGAGGACAUGGAAAAGUUUGUCCAGAGCUCUGGAAAGGACGGAGUGAUUGUCGUCAGUUUUGGCUCUAUGGUCGAAACAAUGUCGGAAGAUAAGAGAGAAAUCUUCGCGGCAGCAUUCGCCCGACUCCGGCAGAAGGUGUUGUGGCGUUACGUGGGAGAGAAGCCGGCCGGGCUGGGCGACAACACCAAGCUGCUGGGCUGGCUGCCUCAGAACGACCUACUGGCCCACCAAAAGACCCGAGCCUUCAUCACUCACGCCGGGUCGAACGGGCUGUACGAGGCCCUGCACCACGGCGUGCCCAUGGUCUGCCUGCCGCUGUUCUGGGACCAGCCGACCAACGCCGCCCGGGUGGUGGCCAGAGGGCUGGGGGUGACGCUGGACUUCAGCACGGUCACCGCAGACCAGUUGUACCAGGCCAUUCUACAUGUUCUCACCAACAACAGCUGCCGUGAGACGGCGGCCCGCCUGUCCCGUCUGCACCGUGACCAGCCCCAGUCACCUAUGGAGCGGGCCGUCUGGUGGAUAGAACACGUCAUCCAACAUGGCGGCCUGCCCCAUCUUCGCGCACGCGCCGUGGAGCUGCCGUGGUACCAGUACUACCUGCUGGACGUGGCUGCGUUCCUGCUGUCCGUCUGUGCAGCUGUCCUGGGGACCGUGUGGUUCGGCUGUUCGCUCGUCUGUAGGAAGUGUUGCACUAGAGGUGGCGGCAAGCUGAAGACUCAGUAGGCUUGUACUUGUACUUGAUUAGGCCUUCUCAGGUUAGCAAGUGGCCAUAUUAAUACAUGUACAUCUAGUAUUAUGUAAAUUACGCUAGGGGAAAAGAUUGAACGAAUUUUAUAAGAAUUAUUGACUAACUAUACAAAAAUUUUGCGAAAGCUUAUAUUUCCCGUUGUACAAUAGACUAUAUGGACCGACGUAAACUCAUCGUCACAGCCGUAUCCCUUGGAGACCUUGGAGCCUCCCGUUGACAGAAAAAGUAGUAUGUACCGUUUGGUUAUAUUGUAGCCCAAACUAGUUUCACAACAGAGCGCCAAACAAUAAAUAUGGCGAAUCUUCUCGACGAAAUA